CCCAGACCAGCUACAAUACCCCGAGGAUUUCCCCCAGCAUCGAUCUUUAGCCAUACACCACAGCAUAAUGGAGCAGCCACAGAAUUUACGCUCCCUUUUCACCGAGGCAAAGGCCGCAAAGACCGCGCUGGAAGUGCGCACCGACAGCAACACGGAUGCUUAUCGCAGUGAUGUCAACGCAGUCAUAGCCAAGCUUGAGGAAUGCCAACGAUUAGUGAGCUUGCUGUCCUUGUUCAGCUCCAACGAAGCUCUCGAGGACAUCUCAACCGGAGAUCUACAAUACCUCACCGUCGAAUACCUUCUCGCCGACCUGCUCCAACGAACCUACUCCUCCGACCGCGAAGCCUCCCUCCGUCGCGCCUUGAGCCAGUACGAGAAAUUCCUCUCCCGGCUAGACGAAUACGACAUUCUCAGCGACAGCGACAAGAAGCUGUACGAGCGUUACGCAGCCAACCCGACCACCUUCUCCCUCACAUCUACGAAUGAUGCGGCGGCGCGGCGCGAGGUGAAGAUCAACCGAUUCAGGGAGGAGAAGGAAUUGAAGCAGAAACUCGAGUAUCUGUCCCGAAACAAGGACCGCCUGCAGAGCGACGAGGAUGAUGUGCGCGGAUUGUACCUGGCGGAGCUUGCGCUUUACGCCCACCAGACGUUUCAGUCGCUCGAUCUGUUGUCGCAGGAGCUGACUAUGCUGUCGACUAUGCGCGCGGCACCCCCCAAUCCCAGCCAGCUGUCGCAGGAUGACCCCCGCAGGCGCAAUGCGAAUCCCGACUCGGAAUAUUCCGAGCGACUUGAUCGUCCGCUCGCUGAGCUUCUGAGGGGUGGAAGGCUCGGGCCGAUCUUGAGCAAGGAAGGAAGGCCGAUGCAGCCUUUUACGUUGCUGGAUCGCCGCACACAGUUGCAGCAGGGCGUAUUCCGCUCUGGUCACAACCUGCCAACGAUGACCAUCGAUGAAUAUCUCGAGGAGGAGCGACGGAGAGGCAACAUCAUCGAAGGCGGUGGCGAAGCAUCCGGCAUCAAACCCGAGGUCGAUGAGGACGACUUUAAUAUCGCCGACGAAGAGACCAUGAAGGCUCGAGCCUGGGAUGAGUUCAAGGAAGCGAACCCCCGAGGCUCUGGAAAUACUCUCAACAGAGGAUGAUUGUUACGACUGCUAUUUAGAUACUGAAGCUCGGCUUGGUGGUCACGUCUCGCUACAGUUGCACAGAG